AUGUUCGGAUCCUUCGCCAGUUCUUAUCAGCACUCUGGCGAGACUCGUCACACGUUACCUGAGAAUGCAAGGUCCUUAAACAGUGAAAAGACCAGUGAGACCGUGUUGUUGUUUAAGAAGGGAGAUCCAAAUGACAUCGGCAACUAUCGCUCAAUCAGGUUGCUAUCCGUCAUCUACAAGCUCUUCACAAAAGUGGUCCUUAACAGAAUUGAAGAAGUAUUAGAUGAAGGACAACCAUGGGAGCAAGAAAGAAAGGGAUUCAGCGCGGUUGACCACGUUCACACUAUUUCGAAACUCAUCGAGACCUCACGAGAGUACAAGAUGCAGCUGCGGCUCACCUGUUGGAGUUAA